AUGGACCAGAGCCAAAUCGCUUCACUCCUCAACUCAUCGGAGCUCAUUCCGAUUCCGGAAGGCCUGAAGCUGUCCUACGGAACGGCUGGGUUCCGAGGCGACGCAAAAUUGCUGGAAUCGACUGUCUACAGAGUUGGGAUUCUCUCAGCUCUCAGAUCGCUCAAGCUCGGGUCAGCGACCAUCGGCCUCAUGAUCACAGCGUCGCACAACCAAGUCUCCGACAACGGCAUUAAAGUCUCAGAUCCAUCCGGCGGUAUGCUCUCUCAGGAAUGGGAGCCUUUCGCAGAUCAGAUCGCGAACGCGUCGUCUCCCGGAGAACUCGUCUCGCUGAUCAGAGAAUUCGUGGAGAAGGAAGAGAUCGCAAUCGGAGAGGAGAAGAAGAAGAAAGGUGCAGAGGUAUGGCUGGGAAGAGACACGAGACCUAGCGGCGAAUCGCUUCUCCGAGCUGCGGAAAUCGGAGUUUCCUCUGUUUUGGGAUCUGUCGCGAUCGACAUGGGGAUUUUGACGACUCCGCAGUUGCAUUGGAUGGUUCGAGCCAAGAACAAAGGUCUCGGCGCAACGGAGAAUGAUUACUUUGAGAAUCUCUCCACCUCAUUCAAAUGUUUGAUUGAUCUGAUCCCAAACAACAAGGUAGAGAUUAGCAAAUUGCUUGUAGAUGGUGCUAAUGGUGUAGGUGGACAGAAGAUUGAGGAGAUGAGAGGCUCUUUAAGCAAUCUAGAUCUUGAGAUUCGUAACACAGGAAGAGAAGGAGGUGUACUUAACGAAGGUGUAGGAGCUGACUUCGUGCAGAAAGAAAAGGUUGUGCCUUUAGGGUUCGGGUUAAGUGAUGUUGGGGUGAGGUGUGCGAGUUUCGACGGUGAUGCGGAUCGGUUGGUUUACUUUUACAUUCCUUCAGUGUCUUCUGGUAACAAGGUUGAGCUACUUGACGGUGACAAGAUCCUAUCUUUGUUUGCUCUCUUCAUCAAAGAGCAGCUAAACACUCUCGGUGAUGGUGAUGGUGGCAAAGAAGGGAAGAAGUCUCGUCUUGGUGUUGUGCAGACGGCUUACGCCAAUGGUGCGUCCACGGAUUAUCUCAAGCAGUUGGGUUUGGAUGUUGCUUUCGCGAAAACCGGGGUGAAGCAUUUACAUGAGAAAGCAGCAGAGUUUGAUAUUGGAAUCUACUUUGAAGCUAAUGGCCAUGGGACUGUACUCUUCUCUGAGUCUUACAUAACUUGGUUAGUUGCUAAACAAAAGGAGCUUACUCAGGGAUCUGAAGAGCAUAAAGCUGUUUCUAGACUAGUGGCGGUGAGUAAUCUGAUUAACCAAGCGGUUGGUGAUGCGCUAAGUGGAUUGCUUUUGGUUGAAGUGAUUCUGCAACAUAUGGGAUGGUCAGUGGAGAAGUGGAAUGAGCUGUACGAGGACCUUCCUAGCAGACAGAUUAAGGUUGAAGUUCCGGAUAGAACAGCGGUUGUGACCACAAGCGAAGAGACCGAGGCUCUGAAACCUUUGGGGAUUCAAGAUGGUAUUAAUGCUGAAAUCGAGAAGUACACGCGUGGUAGAGCUUUCAUAAGGCCGUCAGGUACGGAAGAUGUUGUGAGAGUAUAUGCAGAAGCUUCCACUCAAGAAGAUGCUGAUUCUUUGGCUAAUUCUGUGGCUCAGCUUGUUAAAAGCUUCCUUGGUUAA